AUGAAAUUUCCCAAACUAAACGGUCUUUCAAAACCCUUCAAGUUUCCAACUUUCACUUUCAAUCCAAACCUAACUCUUCCAAUCUUAGAAACCCAGUUGCAAAAAUGCCAAACCAUCAAGCAGUUCAAUCAAAUCCUCUCUCAAAUGAUACUCUCUGGCUUAUUCAAAGACAACUUUGCAGCAAGUAGACUACUUAAGUUCUCCACUGAAUUACCAUUCAUUAACAUCAACCAAUCCUAUCAAAUAUUUUCACACAUUGAGAACCCAAAUGGGUUCAUUUGUAACACCAUGAUGAAGGGAUAUGUACAAAGAAAUAGCCCGUGUAAAGCUAUCUGGGUUUAUAAGUUGAUGCUUGAAAAAAAUUUAGCAGCUGAUAAUUAUACUUAUCCAAUUUUGAUUCAGUCCUGUUCCGUUAGAUUAGCUGAAUUUGAUGGGAAAUGUAUUCAAGAUCAUGUUUUGAAGGUGGGUUUUGAUUCUGAUGUUUAUGUACGGAAUACUUUGAUAAAGAUGUAUGUUGUUUGUGGGAAUUUACAUGAUGCACGUAAGAUGUUUGAUGAAAGUCCUGUUUUGGACUUGGUUUCAUGGAAUUCGAUGCUAGGAGGGUAUGUUUUGGUAGGGAAUGUGGACGAGGCUAAGUAUGUGUAUGAUAGGAUGCCUGAAAGGAAUGUAAUUGCUUCGAAUUCGAUGAUUGUUUUGUUUGGUAAGAAAGGUAAUGUUGUAGAUGCUUGCAGGUUUUUUAAUGAAAUGAAGGAGAAAGAUUUAGUAUCGUGGAGUGCGUUGAUUUCGUGUUAUGAGCAGAAUGAGAUGUACGAGGAGGCUUUGACUUUGUUCAAGGAAAUGAAUGCUAAUGGAAUUAUGGCGGAUGAGGUUGUGGUGCUUAGUGUUCUUUCAGCAUGUGCUUGCUUGUUGGUGGUUAUGAUAGGGAAGUUGGUUCAUGGUAUGGUUGUGAAAAUUGGGAUUGAGACUUAUGUUAACCUUCAAAAUGCUUUGAUUCACAUGUAUUCAAGUUGUGGAGAAGUGGUGGCUGCUCAAAAAUUAUUUAGUGGGAGUUGUUGGUUGGACCAAAUAUCAUGGAAUUCUAUGAUCUCUGGCUACUUGAAAUGUGGAGAAUUUGAAAAGGCGAGGGCUUUAUUCGAUUCAAUGCCUGAAAAAGAUAACGUGUCGUGGAGUGCAAUGAUAUCAGGUUAUGCUCAACAGUACAGAUUUGUUGAGACUUUAGAGCUGUUCCGGGAGCUGCAGAUCGAUGGAAUUAUGCCGGAUGAGACAACUUUGGUUAGUGUGAUCUCGGCUUGUACUCACAUGGCUGCCCUUGACCAAGGCAAGUGGAUUCAUGCUUAUAUAAGGAAGAAUGGCCUAAAGAUUAAUAUCAUUUUGGGUACAACCCUUAUAAACAUGUAUAUGAAACUAGGGUGCAUUGAAGAUGCUCUGAAGGUUUUCAGUGGGUUGGAGGAGAAGGGAGUUUCUACUUGGAACGCUCUCAUUCUUGGUUUGGCGAUGAAUGGAUUAGUAGACAAGUCACUCAAAACAUUUUCAGAGAUGAAGGAACAUGGUGUAAUACCUAAUGAGAUAACCUUUGUAGCAGUUCUUGGGGCUUGCAGACACAUGGGCUUAGUAGAUGAGGGACGCUGUCAUUUUAAUUCCAUGAUUAAGGAGCACAAGAUUGAACCCAAUGUCAAGCAUUAUGGAUGCAUGGUUGAUCUUCUAGGACGUGUAGGUAUGCUAAAAGAAGCAGAGGAACUCAUUGAGAGUAUGCCAAUGGCACCAGAUGUUUCCACUUGGGGUGCCUUGCUUGGAGCUUGUAGGAAAUAUGGUGACAAUGAAACAGGGGAGAGGAUAGGAAGAAAGCUCGUAGAACUUCAUCCUGACCAUGAUGGGUUCAAUGUAUUGCUUUCAAAUAUAUAUGCUUCAAAGGGCAGUUGGGAUGGUGUUCUUGAAGUUCGGAAAAUGAUGAUGCAACAUGGGGUGGUGAAGACCCCAGGCUGUAGCAUGAUUGAAGCACAUGGUAAAGUUCAUGAGUUCCUUGCUGGAGAUAAGACACAUCCUCAGAUUAAAGAUAUUGAACAUAUGUUAGAUGAAGUGGCUAUGAAAUUAAAGACAGAAGGUUAUGCACCAGACACACGUGAGGUUUCUCUUGAUAUUGAUGAAGAAGAAAAGGAAACUACUUUGUUUAGACAUAGUGAGAAGCUUGCAAUUGCCUUUGGGCUUAUUGCCAUUGAUCCACCAACACCGAUAAGGAUAGUGAAGAAUUUGCGAAUAUGCAAUGAUUGUCACACUGCAGCAAAGUUGAUUUCGAAAGCUUUUAAUCGUGAAAUUGUGGUGAGGGAUCGGCAUCGCUUUCACCACUUCAAGCAGGGUUCUUGUUCAUGCAUCGAUUAUUGGUAG